AUGCGUUAUACUGAUUUUGGGCCAUGGAGGUUUGAUUCAAGGACAUUAAAGUUUAAUCAUCAUAAAAUAGUGUUAAUCAAUUUAGAUCCAGAUUCAAGAGAAUUUCUUUUUUGGUUCGGCAUAUCAUGCUAUUUCCCAGUCAUUACUGCUGUCACUGGUCCUAUUGCGAAUAUGUUGUCAAUUGCUUGUGUUGUUAAUAAAUGGAGAAUGACUUCCACUGGCAAAGAGCUUUCUGAUCCACGCGGUAUUUUUGUAAUCAACAUUAUUUCUUUAAUUGUAGGCUAUAUCUCAAACAUUAUUCUAUUGAUGCAUUUUUCUAAGAAAAUCACCUAUCUUCGAUCCCAGUUAUUCAACAUAAUUGGUUGGACUUUAGCAUCUGUUUUAUUAUUAAUUGAUGUUAUAGUAUGCAGUAAGAUUGAAUAUAAACACGGAUUGUACCACAGAGCAAUAGGCUUUUGGUAUGCUGUAUUUACUGUAAUUUUAUAUUUUUGUUGUACACUAACCUUAUCAGUGCAUUUUUUGGGUUAUUUCAAAAAAUUUUAUCCACCAGAGUUUAAUUUAACCGACAACGAAAGAGCAGUAAUGGUUUACACCUUUUGCUUAUCUAUUUGGUUCAUAUGGGGCGCAGGUAUGUUUUCAGGCUUAUUGGAUAUUUCAUAUGGUGUUGCUCUAUACUAUGAAACAGCUUCCGUAUUAACUGUUGGAAUAGGCGAUUUUGUCCCCCAUAAUGUUGCUGGAAAAAUUAUGUGUCUAUUUUUUUCGUUAAUUGGUGUUAUUUUAGUUUGUCUAAUUAUAGCAACGACAUUAAGCAUUAUUAAGAAUUCUGCCAGUUCUAUUAUUGCUUUCCAUAAAUUGGAAAGAGAAAGAAUAAAAAAUUUAAAAGAAUAUCAAUUGAAAGGAAAAAAAUCGCCAUAUGAUAAAAGCCUGAUCAGCAAUUAUGAAAGUAUAGAGCAAUUCAGAUUGAUGAGACAAUUACAAAGUAAGGUUCGUAAGAGAACUAAAAUGAUCGUCUUGGUUAUAACACUUUUCGUUUUUAUUUCAUUUUGGCUUGUCGGUGCUUUGGUUUUCAAGUUUACUGAAAGUUGGGAUUAUUUUGAUGCAAUGUAUUUCUGCUUUCUUUGUUUUAUUACUAUCGGUUAUGGUGAUUUUGCAGCAAAGUCUUCUGCUGGGAGGGCAUUCUGGGUUAUUUGGGCUUUAGCAGCUGUUCCAUUGAUGACUGCAUUGAUUUCCACUGUUGGUGACUUUCUUUUUGAUAUCGGAACUCCAGUCAUUAAAUUUUGCGACACUAAACUUAGAUGGGGUUUGUUUUUCAUUUUUAGAAUGUUGAAACGCAUAAUUUUUUAUAAGCAUAUAAGGAGUGAGACAAUACAGCAGGAUUUCAGAAUAGAAUGUCGUGAAGAAGAACAAAAAAAGGAAAUUGAAGAUGAAGUCUACGAUCAAGACGUGGAAACGCACCAGGCAGAAGAGACUUUACAUUAUCUUAGUUCCCAAGGGCUUGGACAAGUUGGAGAUGUCUUAACAGACGAACAGAUUCAUUUCAAAAUAAAACAAAUUAUCCUGUUGCAGAAAAUUUAUUCUGUAUUAUCAUAUGAAAAUCAUAAGUAUAAAUUAAAAUUUGAAGAAUGGGUUUAUCUAUAUUCUUUAUUGCAGGAUGUCAAACUCCAGUUUUUAAAUAUAAACAAUUUUUGGUUAUCAGAAUAUUCUCCCUUGAGAUAUCCGAUGAAUGAAUCAAGAUUUGCGUUGCUACAACUAACGAGUUCAUUAGAACAGGAAGUGGAUAAUAUAAUUUUGAGGGCUACGAAUAGAGCACCUUCAAUUCCCAAAAGACAUGAAUGA